UCAGAACAGUGAGGGCAGUGGCUUUAAAAACUGAUAUGGCAACAAAAAUAAUCUACUUUACUGUGAAUGGAAGACCAGAGCAGGCAGAGUUUCCAGUGGAUUGCCCUGCCCAGGAUGUCAAAGAUCUGUUCCGCUCUGCAGCUGAGGCAGGACCCCAUGAUAUUCUGAAGCUGUACAACCCUAAGGGCAACAUCAUCAACAUCUCCCCGCGCCUGGAGCCCAACAGUCCUAACUCCUGUUAUAAGCUAGAGGUGGUGGCUGCUGACUGCAACAGUGAGCCAUUAGGUGUGGAGCUUGCUGUGGCACUAGGAUUUGACCUCUCCUCCAUGGAGAAAAGACUGCAGGGCUUGGAGAAGAAGAUCCUGAUCGAGGCUGGUGAGACUCCUGCAGUCGUGUACGAGAUGAAGAGACAGGUGGAGUCAUUCCGGGAGAAACUUGAGAGUGUUGAGCAUCUCAGCUGGCUGGGCCUAUUCAAAGAGCUAUCUGAGGGAACACAGAAGCCCUCUCCUUUCUACCACAAGAGAACACUGCGCAAGACCAGAGAGGAAUGUGAACAUGUACGGGAAAAGUUCCUGCAGAUGAGUUCCCUGGAGGUUUCAGAGGAAGUGAGACAGUACCUCAAGACUCCAACUUUUGACAACUGGCAGUGGGAGGAUGCAGAGAUCAUGGUUCUACUGCAGGUCAUGUACACAGACCUGGACUUCAUUGCCACCUUUAACAUAGAGCCUGAGGUGCUGCACCAGUUCCUGUAUGAGGUGUACAAACGCUACAACAACAUCCCCUUCCACAACUUCAAACACUGCUUCUGUGUCACCCAGAUGAUGUACGGGCUGAUCUGGCUGACGGACCUGAAAAGUAAGAUUGACAGCAUUGACCUGCUCACCAUGCUGACCUCUGCAGUCUGUCACGACCUUGAUCACACGGGAUACAACAAUGCUUACCAGAUAAAUGCUCGUACAGAACUGGCCCUGCGCUACAAUGACAUUUCCCCCCUUGAGAACCACCACUGUGCUGUGGCUUUUGAGAUCCUGGAGAAGAAUGAAAACAACAUUUUCAGAAAUCUGACAACUGAACAGUAUAAACGGAUAAGAGAGGGCAUAAUCAAAUGCAUCCUGGCCACUGAUAUGACGAGACAUAACGAGAUCCUGAACAAAUUCAAGUCCAUCCUGCUUAUCUUUGACUUCAGCAACAAGGACCACAGAGACGUGCUGAUGAUGAUCAUGAUCAAAGUGAGUGACAUCUCCAAUGAAGCACGGCCUAUGGAUGUGGCUGAACCCUGGUUAGACUGCCUCCUGCAGGAGUUCUACAACCAGAGUGACAAGGAGAAGCUGGAGGGUCUUCCUGUCACCCCGUUCAUGGACAGGGACAAGGUGACCAAGCCGUCCUCUCAGACAGGCUUCAUUGGCUUCGUCCUCUUACCCCUCUUCAUUGAGCUGGCUAACCUUUUCCCCUGCCUGGAGCAGCACAUCAUAGACCCGGUGCGUAAGGCCCUGGACUACUACACAGAGAUGGAGAAAGCCCUAGAGAGAGAGAAACUGAUCCGAGCACAAAGCGACAAGGCAGCUGCAGCCAUGAACACGACACCCCAGAACUUACAGAACCCUCAGAAAACAGCAAAUAGUCUGUUAGAGGCUGGGAAUGCCUUGAAACCACCCACUCUGUGAUGGCAAGCACUUAUAUGGUUCCUUUGGUCUUUGUAGAGACGAGGCAUUCACUAUGUCGUGUUACAGGAGUUUUUCAUAUUCAGUUUUCAAAAUAUUUGCAUAUGAAUAAUGGUUAAUUACGACAAUAUGACAUACAAGACAUACGAAGAAUCAGUGUGCAGUUAUGUUUUGUAUUAGUGAUAUGCUUAAACGAAAGACCAGAAGAGCUAUUGUCUAACUGAAAAAUGGGGAUAAAGCUUAGUGGAUUUGUCUUCACUGAAAAUCUGGACUAUGGUUGUCAUCUAGUGGACAUGGAUGUUUUUCAUAUUGAUAAUGUAUUUUAAAAAAGGACAGAAAUAACAGAUAUUAAAUAUGUUUUUGCAUGUAUUGUACUUUUAGAUUUAAGUGUUCUACUUAGAGACAAAUAAAUGAACACAACAAACAAACAUUUCCUCUUGUUAUAUUCAUAUUUCAUAUUAUUCUGCAAUGUACAUUGUACAAUGGAUACAUUUUCAUUAUCUUGAUAAUUUGUAACUGGUUUCCACUAGAUGGCACUCGGCCACAGUCAAAAUUGGCUACUACAUUUAAGGUUAGGGUUCGGCAUAAGGGAUAGCAGUGUGGUUGAUGUUAGGGUUAAAAUCACAUUUUAAGAAGAUAAAUUGUAGAAAUAGGCGAAGUUUAUGACUUUGGCUGUGGUAACUAGUGACGACAUUUGGAACUGCAGUGAAAAACGUUGCGCAAAAUGCCGCAUUCAUAUGCUAGUCGGAACUAGGAAACGCGAAAUGUUCAACUUUCCUAGUUCCGACAAGCUCCGAACGCGGCAAUAAUAGGAACGGGUGAACAAUCGAUGAUGUAGGGAAAUUAUGACAUCAUCUAAAUGCACACAUUUACGAAGGACCCAUGCAAGACCAAGCAAGGAGUUUUGUAUGGAGGUCAAUUAGUGUCGACUUUUCACCUCAUAAAUGUUUUAUAUGGAAUAAUGGGUCGAUAUUACAUAGAAACCAGAUUUUACCGUAUCUGGUUCUUGAAAAUCAUUGUCCUUGUCAGCAUAUUAGUUAGUAUUAGUGGGAAUCUAUUUACGCAGAGAGAAUUUAUGGAAAGAUACAACUUUGAGGUUUCAAGCAAGGAAUAUGACACUGUUAUAAAAGCUAUACCUAGUGGGAUAAAAUCUUUACUUCAGAAUAAUGCUUAUUUUGGAACAUUAUUGUAAGCGAUAUCCAGGUGAAUGGCAUAGGUUUACUAUAUAAGAAAUUCAACAAUCGUUUAUUAAGGGAUAUUUUCUACAGGAUAUCUAUUCCCUCUGCAAUAUGUUUUUGGGCUUCAUCGUUUGAGGUAAACUUGCGCUGUGCUAGGCUCACUCCACACAAAUGUAUGGUGACCAAUAAAGUAUAGGACAUCUCCUUUAAGAUUAUCCAUAGAUUAUAUCCGUGUAAUAGCUUGAUUUCAAAGUAUAUACCUGAUGUUACCAGUGAAUGUAGUUUUUGUGAACUAGAAAAUUAAUCUAUUGAACACUUAUUAUGUAAUUGUGUUCUGGACUCAUGUUAAACUAUACCAUGGCAAGAAAAUGCAUACAACCACUGAUAUAUCUAAAUUUGACAUAUUAUUUUACUACUCUGGUUACACAAUUGAACGUCAGUACAUCAUAAAACUCUUUAUUUUAUUGGGAACAUUUUUCAUACACAAAUAAACAUUUAUGAAGAAAAAGGCCCUUUUCUUAUUUUUUAAAUCUGAUUUGGAAAACUAUUUAGAAUCUUUAAAACGUUUACAAAACAAAAUGUAUU